GAACAAAACAAGCGACUGGCAUGGAUGUUGUAAGAGCUUGUAAGAGCAACACUGCUAGACGGUGAUCUCACCUCCCCAUUUCCGAUUGGAUUGCUAUAUUUAGGAAAACGCCCUAUGCUUUAUAAAGAGAUUGCUGUAGUUUGUGGCAAAGGCUGUGGAGUUAGAAGAAAGGACAGGCUCGCAGGACGAGUUUGACCAGCGUCUAUUUCAAGUAUAAAAAGUGCUGGAGUUGACAGGACUACAGAUUACAACUGCAGGUUUUGGACUGAGCCGCGCCUGAGAGAGAACUAGGAAAGGCAGCCAUGGCAGACAUACGAAAGAAACUUGUCGUGGUGGGAGACGGUGCGUGUGGGAAAACAUGUCUACUGAUAGUAUUCAGCAAAGACGAGUUCCCCGAAGUGUACGUCCCGACUGUGUUUGAGACAUAUGUGGCGGACAUAGAAGUGGAAAACAAGCAAGUCCAACUGGCUUUGUGGGACACAGCCGGACAAGAGGACUACGACCGGCUGCGACCACUCUCCUAUCCGGACACCGACGUCAUUCUGAUGUGCUUCUCAGUGGACAGCCCGGACUCGCUGGAAAACAUCCCUGAAAAGUGGGUCCCUGAAGUCAAACACUUUUGCCCGAAUGUACCCAUCAUAUUAGUGGCCAACAAGAAGGAUCUACGCAACGACGAGAACGUGAGGAACGAGCUGUCUCGGUUGAAGCUGGAGCCAGUGAAAACAGAGGAUGGCCGGGCCAUGGCCAUGCGCAUUGGCGCAUAUGACUAUUUGGAGUGCUCAGCUAAAACCAAGGAGGGGAUUUGGGAAGUAUUUGAAACGGCAACACGAGCAGCUUUACAGAAACGUCAAACAAACCAGGAUGGCUGUUUGAAAUGCUGUGUUUUGAUGUGAACUGACUGUCGGUGGGGAGGUGGGGGUAACUGAGAAGCGCAAGACGAGACGUUUCCUCCGGGGUCUGUGUCUGGAUAUGUGAGGGCAGUGACCGUUGUUUGGACACUCCCUUGAAGUCUGAUGCCUUUGCUUGACUGCAAACAAAGCUGAUUGGAACACACGAAUAUCAACUGAUAUCGGGGUGUUUGUUGGGGGGAAAUGCACUGGAUACAGCAUGUUCUUUUUGGGUCACGUGAUCCCAGUCUGACUGGUAGAGGGUUAAAAAGAAAACCACAAACCGUUUGAUUUCAGUGGGCUACUUUUUAUUUUAUUUUUUUUUAAAUCCCCUUCUGAUGUGGACGUGGCCUUUCAAAGGCCUGCUGAAGAGCCAAGAUUACACUGCUCUUUUUUUGUGUGUGUGUUUUAGAAGUUUGCGUAGGUCGCAGCCUUAUUGCCAAGGUUAUACUUUGUAACAAGCAAAGCAAAAAAAAAAAAAAGCAAAAAGCAAAACAAAAACAAAUGCACUGUUAUUUUUAUUAUGGCAUGACUGAAGUUUGACCUUGCACCGCACCUGGAUGCUGCAGCAACUCCUAAAAAGCUUGGUAAAACUACAAGUCAUUGCCAGUUUGUUCUGUAUAGGUUUUUGUGGUGGUUUAGGGCACUUUGGAAAAGACAUUUCAUAGCUCAAGUUUACAAUUAAGUUUUUUUUCCUGGUGUUUGUUAGUUAGAGCACACCUAAAAAGUGUUUUUUUGAUCCCACAGUAUUACAUUUUCUUUUCUUUUUUUAAUAAUUUUAUUAAAUUAUGAAACCAGUCAAAUUUUACUCUAGGUUUACAAAAAUACACAUGGGCCAGUCUUGAAAAGGGCUAACCACAAUGUCUUGUAGUUUUGCAGGUUUUCAGGCAAAGCCUCUGUCACAGUUAAGUGGACAGACACUUUAUGCUUUUUCUUUCUUUUUUUUUUUUUAAAGUUUGCUAAGCAUGCUUUUACCACAGGUUAUAUCUUCAGCUGUGAUUAUUGGCUAGUUUAUACAAAGACACUGUCCUCUGCACAUAGAUUUCUGUACAGCUCACCUGAACAGCAUCUUUUAAAGCACAUACAGUACUACAGUCCAUCUCCCUCAGGCUCUCUGCUCUGUCAAAGACUUGGAAAAAAAACAAAAAACAGCUUGAAAUCUUCUGUUUAGGUACAGCUUCGUUUACAGCGAUGCAGACAGUAUUGCUCACAGAGGAUUAAGCAUGUGAGAUGGUUUGGCAUGUGAGCUUUGUAAAGGGCGUUUUCUCAGAAAGUGUCAUGAAACUGCUGUUUGUGACCCAACCUAUGGGGGAUUAAACCAUAUGAUGGCAACACUUUAUUGGAAGUUUUUCAUGCAAUCCUAUUAUUAGCACACUUACGUAAUAGUUACACACACUUAAACAAGAGGGUUUCCCUUUAACUAAUACAUGAGAAAAAGUCAAAUGUGAAGUACUAAUGCUUUAUGAAGGUGUAUAGAGCUGUUAAACAGAAUUAAUAGUUGAGAAAGACACAAUUUUUUUUUUUUUUUUUUUUU